UUGUUCUUUGAAGUAAAAAGUUGCCUGUACAAUUACGAGUAGUUCUCUCAAAUACAUUGUAAUUGCAUUUCGAUUCGGGAAUUCAAUGUACUAGCACAGUCCACUCUCAUGCUAUGUUCUAGUACCAGUAGUGAAGGUCCAGAAGUGUUGAUACUAGUAGUGUUGUCUCGAUAUAAUGUGUGAACUACUCUGUCCAGUCUGAGUUAGAAGUGCAAUGGCGUCUGGCAGCAAGGUUUUUGCUGCAUUUCGUGCUCUUGGAAUAGUCAGCAACGAUGUUCCAAUCUGUAUUCAGACGAGUCACUCGAAUUACUUUGUAACGUCGGCGAUUGGCAGAGCGUUUCAUGUUUACAAUGCCAAUAAGCUGAACUUGCUGUUUGUAGGUACUACGCAAGAGGAGAACAUUACUUGUGUGUGCUGUCACGGGCCGGUUGCAUUCACUGCCGCUGGUCAUCGCAUUAGAUCAUGGAGGCGUGGAAAGGAGGUGCGGAGUUAUGUAGGGCAUGCUGCCAAUGUUCAUCUGCUUCUGCCAUUUGCCGGUCACCUGAUCUCUGUGGAUGUAGAUGGGCAUCUGAAGGUGUGGACAAUCGCCACAGGAGAAUUGUACACUGAAAUUGACUUCGAGCCAUCACUUUUCGACGUCUCGGCAAUCAUGCACCCCAGCACGUAUAUGAACAAAAUACUGGUGGGUAGUCACCAGGGCGAGCUGCAGUUAUGGAACCUUCGGACAAAUAAGAUGGUGUACUCUUUCCCUGGAUGGAGAUCUGCCGUCACAGCCAUCGUGCAGGCUCCAGCACUCGACACCGUAGCCAUCGGUCUACAGGAUGGCAGCAUUAUUGUUCACAACAUCAAAGCCGACCGGACGCUGAUGCGAUUUCAGCAGGACUGGGGACCGGUCAUGUGCAUGUCAUUCCGAACCGAUGGUGAACCGAUGCUGGCGACGGGCAGUUCAGUUGGCCACAUUGCACUGUGGAACUUGGAGAAGCGCCAGCUGUCCACCAUCAUGCUGGAUGCACACGGUGGCAGUGUGGCCGGCAUGCACUUCCUGCAGAACCAGCCAAUGAUGGUAACCAACAGCGCCGACAACUCUAUCAAGGUGUGGGUAUUUGACCAGACUGAUGGCUCGGCACGACUGCUGAGAUCACGUAGUGGCCACAGCGCUCCGCCCGUCUUUGCACAAUACCAUGGUCCCACGGGUCAUAUGAUACUCUCGGCAGGUAUGGACAGGUCGGUGAGGAUCCUGUCAGUCAUCCGUGAUUCGAUGAACCGGGAGUUGUCACAGGGCUCAAUCGAGCGACACGCCAAGAAAGCUAAGCUCUCGAAAGAAGACCUCAAGCUGAUGCCCGUGACUGGCCUGGCUUCCGAGCUCUGCAAGGAAGGCGACUGGGACAAUGCCUUGACUUGUCACUCGGGCAGUCGAGUCGUGCGAACAUGGAACGUUCAGAAUCGUGUCAUCGGCAAGCAUAAGCUGGUGGCGCCGUCGGUGCCCCGUGAUGCCUCGGCGACGUGUGUUAGCGUCACCAACUGCGGCAACUUUGGCUUGGCUGGAUUCAGUACUGGUGCGGUGCACAUGUUCAACAUGCAGUCUGGCCUGUACCGUGGCUCGUUCGGUGACCCAUCAGCUCAUGAUCGCUCCGUGUGUGGUGUGGACGUGGACAAUGUCAACCAGCGUGUGAUGACAUUAGCGGUGGACGGCUGUCUAAAGAUUUGGUCGUUCCGUCGGCGGCAGCAUCUUCACACGCUACAGCUGGAGGGCAAUGUCUAUGGUUUCAACUUCCACCGUGAAAGCUCUUUGUUAGCUGUGAAUGUGGCUGACGGGCAGUGCCAUGUCGUCGACGUUGACAUGCGGAGAGUAGUGCGGCGCUUCAACAAGCAUACCAAGCGUAUAACGGACAUGUGUUUCAGUCCUGAUGCCAGGUGGCUUGUUACCAGCUCUCUGGAUCACACAGCUUGUGUGUGGGAUGUGCCUGCGGCCAGACUUAUCGAUCACUUCCAAGUGAAGUCUGCAAUCACAUCUGUCACGCUAUCGCCGACUGGUGACUUCUUGGCAACCACGCAUGCCGAUGAUCUCGGAAUUUACCUCUGGUCCAACAAGACGCUGUACAGUCAGGUUUCGUUACGUCCUCUACCAGCCGACUACACUCCCCUGUGCAUUGACAUGCCCACCACUACAGUCAUAGAUGAGGAGAGCAGUGAUCGUCAUGCAGUUGCCGAUGGUGUGGAUACACCAAUGGAGGAGAGUGACAGCAAUAGUGCAGCAGAUGCAGAUGAUUCCCAUUGGAAGUCUCCCGAUCAGCUGGCCAAUGAGUUGAUCACUCUGUCAACAUUGCCACGUUCCAGAUGGCACAAUCUCGCUAACCUUGAUAUUAUCCGGCGGCGUAACAAGCCAAAAGAGCCACCCAAGAAACCGGAGGCAGCGCCAUUCUUCUUGCCAACUGUUUCCGGCUUGGAAACCACGUUUGACCUGUCAGCUGUGCAGGCCCGAGAGGAUGAGGAGUCAUCGCGUGUUAUCAGCUUUACUGGCCUUCAGCCGACGACGCCCUUCCAAGAAGCGCUCAAGACUGGCACGGAAAGUGGAAACUACCAACCGGCUCUUGAUUUGCUCAUGGGCAUGGGCCCAUCUGCAACGGACACUGAAUUCCGGAAACUGGACCUUUUCGGAGGCGAUGCAGAAAGCGAGCCGCUUCUUGCUGCGAUGUUCACUUUUUUCUGUUCGGUGCUGAAGUCACGGCAGUCAUUCGAGGUGGUGCAAGCAUACAUUGCACUCUUCUUGAAGCUUCAUGGCGAUACCAUCUCCAGUAAUCCGCGACUGUGCACGGUCAUGCAAGACCUGGAGAAACUGCAGAGCUCGACAUGGCAAGAUCUGCAGCGUGUCUUCCACCAGAACCUGGCCAUGAUUGGCUACAUGAAGAGUGCAACAGUCUAAGUGACACCUCUGGCCAUGCCAAACACGUAACUGUUAACCAGACAGAAUCAAGACCAGAGACAUCCAGUGCCAUAAACGGAUGCAGACUGCUCUGAGCUUCUUGUACAGUGCAGUUCAUAUUUUACUUUCAGACUUGAACUCAUUGAAGCCGUCAGCAUGAGACGACUCACUGUGUCUUCCUUUUUUCAAUAAUAAUUGCUUUUGGUUUUACAUAACACAUGCUGAUUUAACCGUAGCUAUGCUGAUGGCGGAGUCAAUAAUGAAAUUCAAAUGAAGAUGAAUAAAAAGCAUGACUAGACGAUACAAUAUGAGAAGCGAUUGCUAGACGUACGGUGUUUAAGUCAGGCCUUAGACUUGUUACCACCACCGAUUUAGAAGUCAUUGCAUGGAUUUCUGUUUAAAUCAGGGUGUAAAAAGAGCAAUAUGCAGUGUAGAAUUUGUAAAUAUUAUGACUGUCUGCCUAUGCCACUGGGUACAGUACCACACUAGAAGAACGACCAGUGCUGAAUGCCAGAUAAUGAGUAAAAGGCGCGAAAGCACAGCAAAGAGCACCUACAUGUACAUGACACACAAAGCCAGCUGUGACACUGUUACUGUUCUAGUCUGCGAGGUAGUACUAGCAGUAGUAGGAAUUCUCUGAUUGGCUGCAUGUGAACACUCAGUGCAUUCACUGAUGCACAUCUAUGCUGACUGUGCCAUAGUCCUCAGUAGCUCACAAUCAGAAGUUUUGACUAUCCACCUGAAAUCUGAAUGGCACUAUUGCACGUUUGCACUAUGGAGCCACACACUGUAUGGCUCAUACCUGCACAAUUCUUACGUCUGCACCACUUUCACUCAUGCCAUCGCUCCCAUUCUUGUCCUCGCUCAUAUUAUCUGCGUAGAGGUCGUGCGCCCAUUUGUCAGGGCUGGAGGAACGCUUGACGGGAGAUGACCGACCCCAGGAGUCACGCCGUCUGUUGCUCACUCCCCGGUCAUCAUGC